GAGGCACUGAGGAGGGAACGCACACACUUUUAAACAGGCACACACACUCACACUAAGACAAGCGGCCUUUUGUACACACUCACACAGACAAAAAAACACAGUUGUUGAUCUGUCUGACACGCAGACUCUUCGCUGGACUCUGGACCACUUGAGAAUAUUCCCCAGGACUCUAUUUCUCCUCAUGCACCUGCGGGGACUCUCAGCGCUCCAGGGGGUCAGUACCCAGAGAGGGACCAUGACCCCAUGGACCACCCAGGAUGGAGCUUCAUGCAGCUCCAGAGAGAGGACAGGUUCCAGCGGCCGCUGCAGCCCACUGAGGAGAGCUCCUCUCUGGGUAUGGCUGCUGCUGGGGGCUUUGGUGGUUCCUGGAGCCUGGAGCUUUCUGAACGAGGAGCAGGAGGAGCUGCUGGUGGAGCUUCACAACUACUUCAGAGGACAGGUUUCACCCAGCGCCUCGGCCAUGAUGCCUCUGAAAUGGGAUCCAAACCUGAAGCUGGUGGCAGAGGGCUACGCUGCUAAAUGCAUCUGGAACCACAACCCAGAACUGGAAGAUACUGGAGAGAAUCUGUACGCUGGCACCGGGCCCCUGGACCUCCGAAUGGCUCUGGAGAAAUGGUUCCUGGAACGCCUGGACUACGACUUCCAGAACAACAGCUGUGACGAAGAUAAGAUGUGUGGACACUACACGCAGAUGGUGUGGGCAGACACACACAGAGUGGGCUGUGCCUUCCAUCUCUGUGACACUAUGGAGGGACUGGAUUGGGAUAGAGUCUCCUUCCUCGUCUGUAACUACUACCCAGCAGGGAACUAUGAAGAAAUGCGACCGUAUGUUGAAGGUGAUUGGUGCUCCAGAUGCCCCGAAAACCUCCAGAAAUGUGAAAACAAUCUCUGUGUUCCCGACACAGUAGAAGAAGAGGAUGAAGAUGAUGAUGUGACAACUGAUCCCAUGCUCACAACAGGAGAAUCCAGUCCUGAUGCAAAAACUGAUCCCCUCCAACCUACAGAAGAUGAUGGUUUUCCUACACCACCUGACUUCCCAGUGGAGUCUACCACCGCUGACGGCAUUCCCAGUGUUCCCACCGUGCACUUUGCAUUGAGCUCUGAAGAUACACCACCUCCACACACCACGGCUGAGGCAACCAAGGCUCCAUCUGCCCCCCCAACAACGCUCGUUACACUGAUAAACAAGAUCAGUCCUGACACGAGGGAAGAGGAGAAGGAGCAGGAGAAAGAGGAAGAGGAGAAACUAAAUGAAACGCCACAUAAGGAGGAGAAAGGUGUGAAGAGAGUCGUUGGAAGUAUAAUAAAUAAGGACAGUAGCGCUGCACAGAACAGUGCUGGCUCGAUGUCCUCGCCUUCAGUCCUGCUAGCCUGUCUGACUGGGAUCCUGAUUGUCAGGCUGUGAGUAGAAGAGGAAGCGUUCUCCUCACUUCACCAUACUUGCAUUGACUGCACAUGGCCUUGUUAAUUCCUCCCACUGUUUCCCCUCUCUGCCUUGUCGAGCAAAAUAGGUCAAUUUAUAAAUCAGCCUCACCAUAACACAGCUGCCAUUUCUGCCACGUCUGCAUCAAGUCUGGACUGAGAUUUGGGUCAAACAAUGUGUGCAUAACCUGCUUCAACCUGCCUGGAAAACUAAAGUCUUACAGCCAGUAAACUACCGUUCACUGACAGGAAAUAUGAUGUUUUCCAAAACAGCUUCAGAGCAGUUUGUGAAAUAGUUAAAAAAAGAUUAAUCUAUUGGUUCGUGGACACACAGUCACGGUUACUGUUGCAGUUUGGUUAGAUGGUUUCAUUUGUGGUUUGGGUAAGUCUCUGUAGUCAAAGGAUAAGAUUUUGGCAUCAAGAGCAGGUUUCCUUUUAUACUUUUACUCAUCACACCUGAGCAGGUUUUGAUUAUCUGCAGGUUCACAGUCUCUGUGGAGAUCAAUGCAUCGGAUAACCCAUAUGGAAAAGAAGUAGAAAAAACUUAUAAAAGACAUCAACAUCAGAUUUGGCUUGCUUCAUAUAGUGAAUCAUAUAAGGCUUAUAUGAUUUACUCAUGAAAGUGGUCAGUUUCUCAUUACUUUCAUAUAUUGUUUUAGGAAGUAUCCAAAACAUACAAGUUUCACACAAGACAGAUACAAACUUUAUAAGAUUUAUAUAAAUCUUUUCCAUAUGGGAACUGCUGAAUAUGCUACUGUCAGUUUUUAAUUUUGAGUUUUCAAAAGUUAUCGGAAUGUACAAACAUCAACCAGUGGAUGAAAAUAGAAAUUUUGGCAGCAAUAUCUGCUUUCUAACUAAACACUGAAAACUUAGCAGGUGCCCCAAAAGGCCACAAAGUAGCUUAAUAAUAUACAGAAAUUAAAAAUCAUAAAACACGUCACAUUUUCUGCCCAUUCUCAUGUUUAAUUCAGUCUUAGAAUCACUGCCUAUGUGCUCAAAACAGCACAUAGGAUUUUAUUUCCCUUUUCAAAGCACAGAGCUGGAAGGCCUGUCCACAUAUCUGCUAACCUAAGAAAACGUCGGCCUUUAGACCCACAGGCUAAAUUGGAUACAAAUAGGCUGGUGUAAAAUGUUAACCACAGGUUAGGUAGUGCCAGCUUCGUGCAAGUUUGUCUUAAAAAAUAUGUGGUUUCUGGCACAAUAUAAACUUCUUAAUUACAUAAUAAGUUAUGUAUAAGUUGUAUCGUGAAAGAAGGGAGAUCCAUGUCCCUGUACGUGAACAAGUUGUUUUCCUCACCGCUUCAGAGAGGAUUGAGGAUUUUUUUCACUUAUAUCAGAUUCAACUGUGUCCAUCAGAACAUCAGGUAGGAGUCUGAACAUGGUUAGCCUAUAGCUUAGCAUAAAGACUGGAAGCUGUCUCCAGAUUUGAUGACAUCAUCAGAUCAAAUAACCUGUGCUUAAUUUAACAAAUAAUUUGAACACCUGCAGCAGCUGUUUUGGACCCCAUGUUUUAAGCCUCAUUCAACCUUCACAGAAACACAGUAAAUGGUUUAAACUGUGCUGUUAAAUCUAUGAGCACAAAUGACUUCAACUCCCUGAGAAUGUAGGACACUGAAUAUGUAAUUAUUUAGACUUUGUUUUAAACUUAGUAAAAUGAAGUGUAAAUAUUUUGUCAAAAUAUUAAAUGUAAUAAAGUUUCACCAACCUGUUUGUAACUUUAUCCGUUUCUAUCUUUACAUGUAAAAAUGUCCAGGAUGUAAAAUGUCGGCCCGUGUAGUCUAAAUGAAGAUAACAGCAGGAGUGUCAUUAAUGAAACCUGCGUUUCCAAUCAGAUCAUAAAAAUGUCUUAAAUUAUUGAACAGUUUAAUAGAUGGAAAAUUAUGGAAGAAACUCCUGGUGAAUAACUGAAUUGUAUAACCGUCACAGCUGGUUUACAGGUCAAAACCCCAAACAGUUGUUUUCCUCUACUUCCAGUCUUUGUGCUAAUAAGUUAAUCAUAUCCCUCAUCUUACUUACUUACUGGCAGAAACUCUGAUACGUGAAAUAGCCAGAAGCAUUUUCCUUUAUUGUGAGACCGCACAUUAGGUUCACCCUUACACCAAAAAACUGAAUUUGCUUCAUAUUUUUGAUGUUUUGUUGCUACUAUGCCAUCAAAAACUGUGGAAAGUCCUAAUGAUCUUAUUUUAUGCACAAAAACGUGUAAGGAAGUGAAAUACCAAAAUAUAUAUAUAUGAACAUUAUUUUACUUACAUAUUUUUCAUUUGGAGUUUGAGCUCCGUCAGAUAUUUACAGCAGUGCUGUGCUUCCUCUGCACUGAAAACCAAACAGCACUGGAGUGCUGCAGAGAAGCUGCUCACAAACUGAUCCCCCGCUGAGAUCACCUCUUUGUUUUUGGAUGUUGUGUAAUGAUGAAAGUGAUGUGCUUCAGUAUCAUCAAGUGAAAGCUAACCGAGUGGGAGACAUUUUGUUUUACAGGGAUUUUAGUGUUGUAGUAGGUUUGCAGGAGAAAUAAUCACUGAGUGUGUUUGUUGUGUUUCAAACUGACGACCCUGCUUCUUCUUUUUCACCGCUACAUGUCUACUGUACACCGUAUUCUCUCUCAGACUGGAACUACAACUGGACAACAUCUAACAAUUGACAUAUCUCUGCUACGCUGUCUUAGAAGGAAAAUUACCAUAAUUAUCCUAAAUAACUUUAGCAAAGGUGGCUGUAAAUGUCUGUAUAUAAGAUAAAUAAAAAAAA